AUGGAACGGAGAGAGAUCUAUACAACACAACAACCAGAUGGCACAUACGUCACGACUACCACCAGAACCCAGACCAAACUACAUGAGGACAAAGUCUACGGAUGUGGGAUAGGCCAAACGAACAAGUACUACUGUCUGGGACCCCAUGGAAUCCUCCGUAUACUUGAAAUAUUCCUCUGCUUGGUUGUUAUUUCUCUCAUCACCUCCGUUUUCGGCCCAGGGCCAUUCAAAGGAGUACUCUUUGGCCAGACGCUGCUUCUGAUCUUCGCUGGCGUAGCGAUGUGCUUCACAUUCAUCUUCUUGAUCGUCUAUUUCUUUACACUGAACGAGACUCAUCUUGAUUUUUGGCCUUGGAGGACAACCGACCUGGUGUUCUCGGCCACUUGCUGCUUCUCUUUUAUCGUUUUGGCCAUUGUCGAAGCCUAUUACUCUACUGGAAGUUGGUCAAAUAACUGUAAUGACAUUGGUUCCGAUGGUUUCAUACACAAUGGCUGCCGACUCAUCUAUGAAUGGGCUUUCGCCUCGGUGAGUCGACUUCAGUAA